CCAAAUCUUAUCAAUAGUUCUUUCUCCGAUAAUGAUAACUUUGCAAAUUAACGACCUUUCAUCUUGGUUAAUUAGGAAUAUAAAUUAUUUCAAGUUUGUGAUUGUCACAGUUCCUACCUUGUUUGAAUGUAGUGGACGGACUCGUUAAAUAAGAAAAAAAUGUCUGCCCUACUCAACGUGAUCCUCCUCAUCGGCCUGGCCUACCUCCUCCAAGACAAAUACCUGAACCCAGCGGACACCGAAGAGAACCCCGUGGACCUCCUGAAGAUCAAGCACCUCCACAUCACCAACUACACCGGCACCAUCGACAGGGAAGUGGUGAAGCUCUUCGGCAACGUGGAGACCCUCUCCCUCACCAACAACCACAUACCCUACAUCAAGGAGGACUUCUUCAAUUCCCUGAAGAACAUGAGGAAACUCUACAUGAGCGGCAACGUCAUCGUCGAAGAGGAACUGGCCGACAUCACGCAGUGCUGCAAGAACCUCAAGAUCAUCGAGCUCUACAACAGCGGGGCGUCCGUUUUCACCUCCGCCGAAUGGAAGAAGACCGGGGAACUGCCGGCCUUGGAGGUGCUCUUCAUGCACGGCGAGAACAUCCAGGAGCUGGGCUCCGACCUCCUGGCCAACCCCAACCUCAGGAAGGUCACGAUCGAGUUCAGCAAGACCCUGGGACCGAUCGCCGACGGAGCUUUCAACAGGGUGAAACAGCUGGAGUACCUCAAUUUGCAAGGGAACAAAUUGAAGAAGGUCUCCAAGGCCCUCUUGGCGCCUUUGAGGAACCUGAAAGAGCUCAAUCUGGCCAGCAACGACCUGGAAGAGGUAACCGUGGAGCAAUUACCCCAGAUGCCCAAGUUGGAGAAGCUCAACAUCAGUCACAACCCAAUCAGACGCGUCAACCUGAAGGGAAUCAAGAAAAUAGCUCCCAACUUGGUCGAAAUCGAUGUUUCUGGGCUCAAAGAAGUAGAUUUGCCGAAGAUUGAGGGUGUUAGAUUUGUACAAUAGUAGAGAAUUUUUUUAAAUAAUUAAAAAGAGUAUUAACGAAAAA